AUGGACGUCACUCACGAUCUUUCGUCGUCCCGCGUCUUCCUCGCCGCUGAAGACGGCCAUGCGGAAUAUGACCUACCCCGUCUCAGAGCCAGGAGUCGUGGCAACACCAUACAGCGUCUCGUUGAUAGACGCCCUUCUGUUGUAGACCCCAUGGUUGCCCACGCACGUCAAGAGGGAUAUGUUGCUGUGCUUGAUGCUUCAGCAUGGACAGUUGAUGAUGUUCCCUCGCCAGAUGUUACAGAUAAAGACACUGUGCUUAGCUUAGCAUACAUGGCCGCCGACGCCUAUGUCGAGACAGAAGACGCUGCCGAUUGGUUAGACAUCGGUGAACCUUUCAACCGCACGGCAGACUUUGGCUGGCAAAGCGAUGGGUUGCGUGGACAUAUCUGGGCUGACCACGACAACUCAACAAUUGUUAUUGGUCUCAAGGGAACAACCCCCGCCGUCUUUGAUGGAGAUGGUACAACGACCAAUGACAAAAUUAACGAUAACCUGUUCUUCAGUUGUUGUUGCGCGCAGCAGGGACAGUGGACUUGGCAUCAGGUUUGCGACUGCGCCACAAGCACGUACUCUUGCAACAACACCUGUGUUACAAAAUCUCUGCACGAAGAAAGUCGGUACUAUGCCGCUGCCCGCGAGCUUUACUCCAAUGUGACUGAGCGCUAUCCCCAUUCUACAAUCUGGGUAGUAGGCCACUCAUUGGGUGGAGCUGUCAGCUCCUUGCUAGGUCUGACGUAUGGUUUGCCCGUCGUCACAUUCGAAGCUGUUCCCGAGGCUCUCGCCGCGACUCGCCUUGGUCUACCCAUCCCCCCGGGCUCUGAUCCGAAAGCUCCUCAAACAAGAGAAAAUACUGGCGCUUACCACUUUGGUCACACGGCUGAUCCCAUCUACAUUGGCACCUGUAACGGUGCUACUGCGUCUUGCUCCUUCGCCGGUUAUGCGCUGGAGACAUUUUGUCACACUGGAAGCGAGUGUGUCUACGAUGUUGUUGCCGACAAAGGAUGGCGUGUAGGGAUUGGAACCCACAAGAUUCGAGCAGUCAUCUCUGACGUCAUUUUGAAAUAUGACGAUGUUCCCGAGUGUUCCAUGACCCCUGAAUGUCGAGAUUGUGCCCAGUGGAAAAUGUAUGAGAGCAACGGUACGGAGACGACGACAACAUCGACCUCAACGACGACGACUCGUACGCGAACACGAACUUCAACCUGCAAGACCCCAGGCUGGUGGGGUUGCCUCGAUACGACGACUACAGGAGUCACGGCUACGAGUACCAAGACUACGUCCUUGACAUCAACUUGCAAAACGCCGGGCUGGUUUGGAUGUAAGGAUAAGACCACCACAAACACUAUUACUACAACCUCAGAUGCCACUACUACAACCCCUGCGCCAACAACCACAUGCGAAACACCGGGAAAGUGGUGGGGUUGUUGGGACAAGGAUGAGACUAGCACGACCCCAACACCUCUACCGGGCACACGUACACAGCUGCCCAUUACCAAGGGGCCGACAUCGACGACAUGGACAGCUGCACCAACCAGUAGUGCUCCAUCAAAGGGAAAGUGUCUCCAUCGAAACUGGAUAGGAUUAUGCAAAGAAUGGGAAGGGGACAACGGGGUUGACGCCUUUGUUCCAGAUGAGAUGUAG